AUGAUUGUGUUAACAUGUUAUUUUGUAUAUUUAGGUGAAGAGGAAGAAGCACCGCGUGGGCCAGAUCCAAAAUUGAUUUGGGAUGGACAACAGUCAACCAUUGAUCAAACCACGAAACUAGCACAACAGAGUGUUACUCUUGAUGUUAAAUUGAAUUUCAUUGAACGUUGUCUAUCAAUUUCAUAUCAACAAAUCAACGAAAUCCACAAGCAACACGGUUAUGUGUCCGACCCGAACAAGGAACGAAUAGGUCCAGGCCCAUUGCCACCGCCCAUGAUUCCUCAGCCUCCGCCAUCCUCUCAGAUGCCACCACCUGCAGGCAACGCGUCCACGCAGCCCCCGUUGGUCCCCCCACCCCCCGUCAACGCGUCCUCUGGUCCCCCG